GGGAGCCAUGGCGAGUGCAGCCGUGGGAAGGCGGCAGCAGCAGCAGGAGGAGAGGCGCGAGGAGUAGAGGGGAGACAGAGAGAGGGGGGAGCUGAGAGAGAUAUCGGGACAGCGGGGAAAAGCGGAGAGAGAUGUCGAGGAGCAGGAGCGACCCGCGGCGGGGGCAGUUGGAGGGGCCUGUCACCCUGGGCCGCGUGGCCAAACUUCUGGAGGACCCGCACUGCCGUGGAUACACGGAUCGUCACAUCAGCGCCCUCAAGAAGGCAUUGGGCUACCAUGAGCAUGGUUUUCCGCUGAGAGAGCUGGUGGUGGUGUGCCGCAUCCUCAACUCUCUGGCCGACCUCGUGGGUGAAGCGCCUCGCUACACACAACCUCUGUGUCAGCUGCUGCGUCUGUUGGGAAAACCAUUCUUCAAGGAAAAGGCAUCGGAUGAAAUGGCUUAUGCACAGAUCACUUCUGAAACCAUCGCACAGCUAGGGUACCUGAUGCGUGUGUCCAGCAUGGAAGUCUGCCUGCACAUCUGUGAUUCCAUCCUACAGUUGUGCUGUCGUGACCAGUCAGGACCAGAAGUGCCAGGCUACCAGCGGUGUAGAGUGGAGUUUAUCCGGUACAUGCUGGAGCAGAGCGGUGUGGCCGAGACACUGGUUCUGUCACUCGCUCUAUUCGAGGCCCAACAAGACGUCCAGCAUGCCGUGCUGCGGACCCUGCAACACCUGUCCUCUCAUUCAGCGGAGCUGUGCGCACAGAUGGUGCGUGCGCGGGGAGCUGAGCGCCUGUGCUCUCGCCUGGCUGACCCAGACCCUUCCGGGGCGCUUCUCUUCCGCUCGGUGGAGGUGCUGUGGAACCUCCUGGAGAACGGGCGGCAAUCGCAAGUGCUCGCCCAGCUGGCCAGUAUCGAGUGUGUGCAUGCCCUGAAGGAGGUGUUGUUACGCCAAGUUCAGCGUGGGUUCAGUCACUACGACCGCCAGCUACGUAACGACCUGCUGGUGCUCGUUACACUGAUUGCCCACGACCCCGCGUCUCCCUUCCUGGAAACAGGCCUCACCAAACAGCUGGUGUUACUUGCAACAUUUACAGAAGUGAAAAGCCACAACCCACUGGUCAAGAACCUUGUCCUCACCAGUGUCCACGAGGACUUUGAGAUGAAAAAGCUUCUCUUCAACCUCCUGGUCGUGCUGAGUCGUGACCCGUGCAACAUUCAGCUGCUGUCUCAGGGCCACGUGCUGCUCUCCCUGUUCCACUACUCGGAUGUGCACGAGGCGAGGGCUGCCUCUGGCCCUCUCACCUGGUCCCCGGCCCAGCAGGAGGAGCUGCAGCUGCAGGCGCUGGCGGCGCUCGUCACUCUGGCUCCGGCACUCCCCACCGACUACAUGCACAUCCAGGGAAACACGCGCCUACUCCUGCUGCUUGACUGGUGCCUCAGCAAGGGUCCAGACCAAAGACAAGGCACUGGUGUAAAAAGAGGAGCAGAGCUGGGAGGGAAGCUCCCACAGUUGCUGUACUGCAUACGCGUGAUGCAUGCUAUGGCUCGCCUGCAGGACAGCAGCAUUGCCCAAGACAUGUGUGACCAGGGUACCAUCGGCCAGCUGCUCGACGUGUGCUCAGGCUUGAUGUCGGGAAGCAGAUCAAGGGAUGGGGAAUUGGUCGAUGGGGGCCCAGGCUUCACGGAUGUGGUUUCGCUGGAGAUCCAGACAGAUGCCCUGCUAACAUUGUCUUCUCUGUGCCAAACUGACGUUCACAGAAAGGAGUUGUUCGGCCGUGAUGGGACAGUGAUGCUGACUAAGAUCCUACAUGCGGGCCCCCACCUUAUGCCUGCUGGGUUGCCACACUCUCACCUUGUCAUUGCUGCCAUCGAUGCCGUCUGGUGCUGUGUGCUGGGUUGCUUUUCAUCAGAGGACAUCUUCCUGGAGCAUGAAGGUGCCUUCCUGCUGCUUGACCUGCUGCAGGUGCCGUGUACACAUGCCGUGCACAGCCUCACCCUCUCCGUGCUCGUGGAGCUGCUGGACAACCCCAAGGCGGCGGAGCAUGUGCUCGCAUGGCGAGGGUGGGGGCGCGUGGCGGAGGCGCGCGCUGCCGACGGGGCAGGGCCGCGCGAUGGGGCCACCGCACCUGCCCUGCUGCUGUGCCUAUGGAGGGAGGAAGAGGUGGAGCUGGGGGUUCCCCGGGGCCCACGCGGAGUCGUAUUGCCCGGGCCACAGCUGCCGCUGGUGGAUGCGGCGAGAGCUGAGCAGCCAGUGGUUCCUGUCGCAGGUCGCCAGCCCAGCCAGGCCGUGCUCAACAUCACAGAGAACAACUGGGUCAAGAUCUACAUAAUCUUUAGCAAGAUCGGCUUCCAGGGCCUUCCAGGCCUAAGCCCCGAGGACCAGGUUACAUUGGCCAUUGUGGAACGCUACAUGGACUUCAAGGUGGGCGAGGUGUGGCAGGAGAUGGAGGCAGAGCUCCGCGAGGAGGGUGUGCGCCCCACCACCCCUGAUCGCGAUGCCCUGGAGACGAUCGCCCGGGCAACUGGUGAGGUUGUAGCCGGAGUGGCCCGAAUACAGGCCGCCAUCUUGGAGGAGAGUCAGGAGCAGGAGCUGCAAGAUGAAAGACAAUUCUAUGCCGAGAUCAAAGCAAACCAUCAGCAAGAGGAGGCCGCAAUCAAAUCAUGGAAUCACUACGUGGCAAGGACAUCCAACUAUGAAAUGCUCAAGGAGGCACAGCGGGAGCUAAAGCAGUCCAUAGACUCAUCCCGGCCAGGAGAGGACCAGCCAGGGCCCAAACCCCACAGCACUACAGUACCAGGGCUCACCACCACGACGUUCGCUGGGCGACGCGUUUUGGUGGAGAGCACGCCGGCGGAGUUGACGGGCGGCCCCCUGGCUGCCACCGAGCUGGCGCUGCAGAAGCUGGCGGUGAAAGGCGGCGCACUCACUCGCACAGGCCUCGCUGUGGAGCAGGAGCGCCAGCAGAUGUCGGCUCGCUGAGUCCCACCACGAUCCUCGUGGAGCCACCUCACUGACUCCAUUUAGUGGGCCAGAGCCGAAUUGACCUCUUAGCAGUUUUCGGUGGUACUAAUUCAUUGCCAUGUGCUGUAUACGUUUUUUUCCCUUUGCAGUGGAAUCUUCUGUCAUUCAGUCGGGACCUGUUGUGUACAUAAGUUGUUUUCAGGCCACAUUACAUGGUCUCGGAUGAUUUUGAAUUCACAUUGUUAGAGUGUGGUCGAAUUUUGCCGGUACACAACGGUAUGCCAUCCCGGGACUUCUCCGAACAGCAAACACACAUCCCGGCACUUCUCAGAGCACCAAAUAUGCAUCCUGGCACUUCUCAUUAUGGUUCCUAUUCCUACGCCGCGUUGUUUUUGCCGAGGGGAAACGACAUCGAAUAUGGGCCAAUGCAGAGUGAACGGGUUCUACAUUUCUAUAUUCACAUUUCAGCCACAGCAACAGCUGCUGUGCAACCACUGAGUGUAACUGAUGAUGCUGGUUCCUAACUUUGCGUGCUGCAAUGUACGCCCGGAGUGAAGUUUAUUCAGCACUUGGGCCCUUUGGGGAGCAGAGGUACUCAUGUGCAGUGCAAUUCAACCCUCAAGCUUCCAGUGAGAAUUGUACAUCGUUUUAGUGUAACAUCUGACGUGUUGAAUCAAAUCGAGCAAAUAAUCCGUGAAUACGAUGCAAGUCUAGUGUUGAAUGCAUCAGAGUAGUUAUUUCAUCGUAAAAGAUCACAAUCAAAAUUAUUCUCAAUGUUGAGGUAUAACGAGGACUUGGUUCUCCAAGCAUAUUCUUCCAGUGAGAGCGGGGCCCCGAGGUCGUGCUCUUCAAGCAGAGGCAGCACCAGUGUACGCUGUCGCCCACCCCGGGGUUGGAGCGGAGGUGGUAAUCACUAUUAAGUGACACCAGUUUCUGUGUAUGGCUCAAACGUGGAUGAUGUGAUAGGAUGCGUUUUUUAUAAAUAAGGCAUAAUUCACUUUGAUUUCCAAUAUAUGUUUGCACAACCCAAGUGUUGCCGUCUCUUGAGUGGUACCAACAAGUCAAAUGUUGGACCUGGACCCAUGGACGCAUGUAUGUGAGGGAGGCAGUACCAUGCACGGCUUGGGAUACAAAAAAAAAGUUUUCCCAACAUCCAGCCAAUACGUUAAUUAAAUUGCCUCGACUAAGCGCAUUUGAAUCCCGUGAGUGAAGGUGGAAUUGAUGGGGUCACAAACAUUAAGCCGCCACGUGGUGCGAGAUCCUAGCCGUGAUGUGAAAUGUGCGGCGUGCUAGAAUUGAAUUCAAAUGUAAAAAUACAUACGCGUAAAAAUAAAGCUGGUACACGUUA